CUUAUUUGGAGGACAAACUAUGCAAGCGCUUUCGUUUAGGAUUAUGCUUAUAUUCGAUGUCUAACUAUCUUCAGUAUCAGUGGCAUCUUCCCUGGCGACCUGUCACAGUAGGGAAUUUUUUCUUCCGUGGCAUCGUAUCUUUGUUUACAGUUCUCACCGAGUUGUAACAAGAUUGAUAAAAGUCUGCUUGUAUGUUGAUGUAGGAUCCGGCAGCUCCUGUUGCAUCCGUCGCACGCGACUGGUACAGUGCGGUUGAGAAGAAUCGCGAAGGCCAGCACUAUUCCACGUUUUCUUCAACGGCAGCUCCAUGUGCCUUCACGGUGUAAAAACCUUCUCCGUCUUGUUCAAUAAAAGACCUCCUCCCAGUGGUUCCAGUGCGCAAGAAGCUUUUUGAAUCGGAAGGCGGCACCAGCACGACCACCAGCAGCAUGCUCAGCACGGAGGGCGGCACCAGCAGCAUGCUCAGCCGCGCGUCUACGAUGGAGGGAAAGAACGGAAAAACAAAAAGUGAAUAUCUGUCAUCUCGUCCACCAUCGCGUGCCGGCAAAAAAUCCGCCUCUAUGUCCGGUCAUAAGAAAGAAGCAUCAAGAACACCGCUGUCAACUACAUGCAGUUCCGGGUCGAAGUCCGCGACCACUACAACUUUUGCCAGAAAAGGCCUGUCAAGGUUCUUGAGUAGUAGAAGCUGCAGAACGUCUUUUGUUACGACUUCCCUUGCGGUCGCCUUCGUCGCGUCAGCACAAAACCUCCUACAGGAUCUCCAGCCAGUAGGUGUCUCGGCGUUGCUCCAACGUGAGGAGUCGACACGGCAGAUUGGCUUUCAGGACAAGUCUGAAAGCCAAAGCGAAAAUGGAAAUUAUGAGGGUCAACUUUCUGAACAAGUUGGAGUUGCGCAACAAGAUGAAGACGACCUAAAUCUACGAGGAGAAGAAAAAACAACAGAAAGUGUGCGAACAUCUGUCGCCGGAAGUAAUCUUCAAGACUCUAACAACGUGAACGUCGUGAAAACCUCCUUCAUUCAAGAGGACGGCAACGUCCUGAAUGACCUAGACACCCUGUUGCUGAAUGAACAAACCAAUAAUUCCACUGCGAACCCUAUGCAAGAAUAAAACUAUGUAAGUGUAAGUCUGUGAUGCAGAAAAUCCAAAAUUGUUACACUUGUCAUGCUGGAUGUGCGUCAUAGGCUACUACCAUACGUAUGUUCACGUACUACCUGCGGUAAUGCAAAACGAAUUUGUGAUGCUGCUCUUCCUACAAAGUUACACCCACACAGUUUUUUUCCUGGAGAGACCCGGCGACGGAGGACCGCCUCGGGCACCUGCGGCGGAGUUCUCGGAGUUCCACGCGCGGGACUCGGUACUACAGCUCACCGCCGAUUGACGGCACUGUCAUCGUCGCGCUGGCAGCCUUUGUGGCGCUGCUAACCUUCGUUGGCGGCAUGUGCUGCGCCAUCUGCUUCGACCCCGCCGUGCGAGCGCACGUACUGAUACCUACUAGAAAUUUUGGAAAUCUAUUUUAUGAAGUAGUACAACUAUUCCGUUCUUUCGAUAAAAAUCCAUCGAUCUACAAGUGGAUGAGGAGCUUCAGCUUCUACCUUUCUGUGCUUUUUCCUCAAUGACGCGAUCCAUGUCCCAAAAAUCAAUGAAUAUCCAGAUCGACCACAAGGGUGCACACCACCUUCACCUCCACCAGGGCAGUGCUAGCACACAGUCUUUCACUUCGACCGGGAGGACCACUAAUAAGCCGGGCUCCGAAACAAGUACUGUCAAAUUGAACCAGCAGAACGCCACCGCCCGGGCACUCGGAUUGAGUCCAACACAACUGCUCAAGCAGACAACGGUCGAACCUGCGGCCCCGGGUGGGAACAAGGAGAAUUUUGGACGAGCAGGAGCGCACGUAUCAACAGGAAAAAAAGUAGAUUUGCCGUUGCCGUACACGACCAGCACGUAGUACUACACAAACACAUGGCAUUGCUCCUAUUGCAUGGCAAAUAGAAGUUUGGCGCAGUUAUAUGCAGCAACUCAAACACUUACACUAACGCAACACAUCACAAGUCUCAUGCAGCUUUGUGUAUGUGUUGACAAAGUUUUAGCUCACUACAUGUAUUUCGUGCGACGUGAUCGGUAGAUUUGAAUUGGAUAGGAAGAUACUCGAGAUCUUCUGGGCGCGUUGGCGAAGACGAACUCGACGACAGCUGCCGUUGGGGAGCAGAGCCAGAUAUGCACCGCAAAAGUGUCGCGCACGUACUAAUCUCAUAGAUGCGUCACGAACCUCCCUCCCAAUGUAAAUUCAAAUCGGCAUGACGAAUUCCAUUUCUUGACGUGAUGUGGUCGGGUAUGCAAUCAAUUUCAUUCUUCAGCUGAGCGAGAAGAAGAAGCUGAAGAACUAGAACUAGUGAAGUGCGAUGGUGCAAUACUUUUGCAAUUUAUACCAGACGAGCGGAUCCAAAGCAGAGAAACGUCAACCGGACGCUGGUAGUGCUGCACCAGGCGCCGGACCAGAGGGGGAACAGGGCACUAGGGCGGUAACGAGCGAAAUAAGCGGAAGAAGUAGUGCUAGCACCGGCGUGCGGUUUGCCGCGCACGCUGAGCACGAGGACGAGCACGAGGUGUAG